AUGCGCUCCGCCCGGAUGCUGAGCGGAGCCGCGGCCAGGAGCGCACCCUUGGCCGAGGAGGAGGAGGUGCAGCAGCCAGCGCGCUACAAGCACCCAUUGCCACCCUCCCUCCCGCAGCGCCAGGCAGAUGGAAGUGGCAAAAACGCCGAGGACGCCCCAGCUGUUAGAAACCGAGAUCCGGAGCCCCGCCCCCUGGCCAGUUAA